AUGACUAAGAGAUGUAAUACAAAUAAGAGAACAGAAACAGAGCCACCGGCUCUAGCACCAGAGAGCAGUUAUCCAGAAAUUUAUUCAUUCUCACCAAUUUAUAGCGAAUGGUAUUUUUGGAUUAUUACAAUCUCAGUCAUAUGCACCAUAGUUGCUCUAAUAUUUUUAUGUUUGUUGUGUUGGAGGAAACCUUACAAGACAGCUGUAGUUCGUCUUCCAGAAAAUUUAACAUCGCACUAUCCAGGAACAAUUCUAUCUUCCGAGAACAUCAUUCAGCCAGAUGUUGCAUUUUACACGCAAGUUCAUCCUUGUCCUGAAACGAUUAUAAAUUCUCGAUAUUUUAGAAACGAACAAGAAUUGGAGAGACUCCCUACCCCAUGUAGACCGUUAGAGCCAGCCUAUCAACCAACUCAACUUUUAACCAUUACGACAGUGAGAUUGCCAUAUUUGACUUCCGACUUGGCACUUCCGCCAGGAUAUGUAUCAUUACACGAGGGAAAAUAGUUCUUUCUUUAAAGCUGCAUCGUUCAACGUUCGAUUAUAUACUGUUAAACAUAAUCGGUGAUGCUUGUUUUCAUUUGUUGGUGAUAACCACUUAAUUGACAGACUGUUGUAAUGGUCAAAAAUAUUUUCUUUAGGGACUAUAAAGGUCAAGCAAUAAGAACUUGUAUAUAAAUAAUCAUCAUGAAAUUCUGUUUGUGAGUUAAUGUUUCGUUAAUUUUCAUUUUACAUUUAUGUUAAGGCAUAGAUAAGUGUUUACAUUAAUGACGCUCUAUGUAGUUAUUUUUGUAAAAUGGCAUUGUUUAACCAAUUUUUCAAAAUUUGUGUUAAAUUUUCCAAAAAUUCUUUGUUAAAAUGUUUUAACUUUAUAACUUGUAAUGUAUGAUUAAGGAAAUGAUACGAGAAGGCCGUUAAUUUGAAUUGUACAUAUUUUUUAUGAUAAAGAAUACGCAUAAUUAUUGUAA